AUGUCAAUUGUCGCCAUCAAGAACGCAAUUGCCAAAUUGGUGUCUAGAGACCCAGAAAAUGCACCUCUUUUGACCAACGAUGCUGCAAAUUCGCAGUCUAACGACGCCAACAAUUCCUACCUUUCGGCCAGCACCAGCGACGAAGAACGCGGCAAACUUGAAGACAAACGUCAAGAACGUCGAGGCGGACUUUUCGGCUCGGUAGAUCCACGUCUCAUGAGCGACUUGAUUAUCGGACUAAGUGAUGGUCUUACAGUGCCCUUUGCUUUGACGGCUGGGUUGUCAUCGUUGGGGGAUUCCAAGCUCGUUAUCACCGGUGGUUUCGCGGAGCUUAUCUCCGGAGCCAUUUCCAUGGGUCUCGGUGGGUACCUCGGUGCAAAAAGUGAAUCGGACUACUACCACGCAGAGGUCAGCCAAGAAAAACGCAAGUUUUAUAACAAUACGAAUUUGAUAAACCAUGAAAUUGAAGACAUACUGCUGGAGAUAAACCCUAACUUCUCCGACGAAACCAUCGUCUCCUUCAUCAAAGAUCUGCAGAAAACUCCGGAAUUGAUGGUAGACUUCAUCAUCAGGUAUGGUCGCGGUCUCGACGAGCCCGCUGAAAAUCGACAAUUCAUGAGUGCGAUGGUCAUCGGUGGCGGCUAUUUUGCAGGAGGUUUCGUUCCAUUGAUCCCAUAUUUCUUCCUUGAACAGGUUGGCACGGGGCUUCUAGUGUCUGUCAUAUUGAUGUCCAUAACGCUGUUUUGGUUUGGUUUCGUGAAGGCCAGUAUAUCCAUGAGCGACACUUGCACACUUGCUAGAAAGAUAAGCGAAGGUGCGCAAAUGCUUGCAGUGGGGGGCAUGGCGGCCGGAGCCGCCUGGUACAUGGUCAAACUCAUCGGAUAA